AUGGUGUGGCUGUUCAACGUGCCUCCAAUGCUUGAGCUCGGCCGCACUGAAACAGCUGUGAACAACUUGAAUCCAGUCUUCGGAGUAAAGUUCCAGGUGGACUACCACUUUGAGGAGAUCCAGAAGCUUCGCUUUGCCAUGUUCGAUGAAGACAAGUGCGCCUCUCAGCUCUACGAACACGACUUCCUCGGAGAGUUCAUUUGCACACUCGGGGUGAUUGUGUCCAAUAAAAAGCUCCACAGACCAUUGAUCCUAGCCAAUGGGAAGCCAGCUGGCAAAGGAUCCAUUACAAUAACAGCUCAGGAGCUGUCUGACAACAGAAUCAUCACUCUGACCCUGAGUGGGCGUAAACUGGAUAAGAAGGACUUCUUCGGGAAGUCGGACCCUUACUUGGAGUUUCACAAACAAGGGGAAGAUGGUAAAUGGAUGCUGGUGCACAGGACGGAGGUCAUAAAGAACACUUUAGACCCGUCGUGGAAAUCGUUCACUGUGCCGCUCAUCUCUCUCUGCAAUGGAGAUGUGGAUAGAAACAUCAAGGUUCUGUGUUAUGACUACGACAAUGAUGGAGGCCAUGACUUCAUCGGAGAGUUUCAAACUACGGUUUCCAAGAUGGCUGAAGCCGUGAACUCAGUGGAGGUGGAGUUUGACUGCAUCAACGCCAAGAAACAGAAGAAGAAGAAGAAUUAUAAGAACUCUGGAAUCAUCAUUGUCAAGUCGUGUAAGAUUACAAGAGACUACACCUUUCUGGAUUACAUACUGGGAGGAUGCCAGCUCAUGUUUACUGUGGGUAUUGACUUCACAGCAUCCAAUGGGAACCCCCGAGAGCCCUCCUCCCUCCAUUACAUCAACCCACUGGGCAGCAACGAGUAUCUCGCUGCCAUUUUAGCUGUGGGACAAAUCAUACAGGACUAUGACACCGACAAAAUGUUUCCUGCUCUGGGAUUUGGAGCUCAACUCCCACCAGACUGGAAGGUGUCGCACGAAUUCGCCAUCAACUUCAACCCCACGAACCCUUUCUGUUCAGGUGUGGAGGGCAUCGCCCAGGCCUACUCCACCUGUCUCCCUCACAUUCGGUUCUACGGCCCGACAAACUUUGCUCCAAUCAUCAGCCACGUAGCGCGUUUUGCCGCCCAGGCCCUUCAACAGGAGAAAGCAGCGCAGUACUUCACUCUCCUCAUAAUCACAGAUGGCGUCAUCAGCGAUAUGGACGAGACCCGUCACGCCAUCGUGCAGGCGUCUAAACUACCCAUGUCCAUUAUCAUAAUCGGCGUGGGCAACGCAGACUUUGCUGCCAUGGAGUUUCUGGACGGAGACGCCAGCGUGUUGAGGUCCAACUCCGGAGAGGAGGCCGUUCGGGACAUUGUGCAGUUUGUCCCGUUCAGGGAUUUCCGUAAUGCCCCCAAGGAGACUCUGGCCAAGUCGGUUCUGGCUGAGCUGCCUCAGCAGGUCACUCAGUACUUUAAGCAGCGGAAUCUCCCGCCCAUCAACCCGGCACCGGAGUGAGACGCCGUGCAGACGAGAGCCCCGCACGCUUGUACCAUAGCUCAACGAAACCUGUCCUCUCCUUAACGACAAACAAACCAGAACGAAAAGUGUGUGUCCGCUGUGAAGAAAAAAAAAAAAAACCAAAACACUGAAAACCUCCCAGUCUCUGUAUUAAAAUAAGAAGAUAGCUCGGCCUGUUUCCAGUGUGAAUCCAUCAGACGUGAUUUUUCUGUGUCAAAGCUUCGCAGCGCAGAUCUUUGGUGACGGUGUGUAACGCUCAGGUGUGAAGUGAGGGCAGGUGUCAGCCAACGAGGCAGGAAAGGCAAAAUAUUUGAUUCAUCAGGACGUAGGUUGUUUUUUUGGCUUUUUGCAUGUGUGUGUGUGUGUGUGUGUGCGUCUUGUGACUGAGACCAUGUGAUGCAGGCCGCCCCUCGGUGUUACCUCCUCUCUCAGCUGAAGUGUAUCUGUGGUUGAAUCCUCUCCUGUCGUUGUGUGGAUGGUUUUUUCCGGCAGCAGAUCAGACGAGCUGAACAGAGCAGUGUCUUCACCUCCUCCGGCCCCGGGGAAGGUUUUGAUCCCCUGUGGUCCUGGAGGCAGGUUUAAAGCUCCACUGUGUCGAUGUGAUGGGCGGACUGAGGUGUGAGCAGCAGCAGAGGUCAGAUGUGAGAGUGAACUCCUCCGGCUCUGAAACACUCGGGGCCCCUUUUUGACCCCCUCGUAUUUCCAAUGACUUUGGUUCAUCCUGCAUGUCGUCGAUAUCGUCUCACUGUUUACAACGUUCUGAUGCUGAUGAUCACUAACGCAUGAUUCUUUUUUCAGAUGAUGUAUUUAAUAGAUUUUUUUGUAAAUAUUUUAAUCACGUGGGAACAAAUACAGGAAGUGUUUCAUGUCAGAAUUUUAACGAGCGGAAGCAGACAGGAAGUUUCUGAUAUGCAUGUACAGGAUAUCGAAUGUAUAUUUAUAUGACGCUGUUCAUGUUCUGAUAAGCCGAUGUUUUUAAUGUACUUUUUAUGCAGUGCUGAAUUGUGUAAUGAAACUGCUACCACGUGUGUUACUGUGCAUCUUUGUAAUAAAUGUGAUAUUCGUUUUAUAAAGUUGUGUCUAUGUCCACGCUCAGGUUAAUAAAGUCUAGAAACGA